AUGGACCCAAUUUCCUAUCUUUCUUUAUUUCCUUUUUCUUUUCUUUCCUUUUUUAUUUUAUUCUUUUACUUUUUCAUUGCUUUAUUCUUGCCUUUUUUCUAUCUGUUCUUCCUUUUUCUUUUCUUUUUUCUUCCUUUUUCUUUUCUUUUUUCUUCCUUUUUCUUUUCUUUUUCCUUUCUUUUGUUUUUCCUUUCUUUUUGCCUUGCUUUUUUCUUACCUUGUUUUUCUGUCUUUUCUUCCUUUUUCUUUCUUUUUUCCUGGCUUUUCUGUGCUUUCUUCACUUUUUUCUUUUUUAUCUUUCCUUUUUAUUUACUUGCCUUGUUUUCCUGUGUUUUUUUCUUUAUUUUUCUUUUUUUUUGCUUUGUUUUCCUGUCUUUUUUCUUUUCUUCAUUUUUCUUCCUUUUCUUUUCCUUUCUUUUUUUACUUGCCUUGUUUUACUGUCUUCUUUCUUUUUUCCCUUUUUUUUUAACUUGGCUUUUUUCCUGUCUUUUCUUCAAUUUCAUCUUUUUCUUUCUUUCUUUUUUCUUAUCUUUUUUCUUGCCUUGUUUUCCUGUCUUUUCUUCAUUUUUUUCUUUUUUCUUGCCUUAUUUUCCUAUCUUUAUUUUUUCAUCUUUUUCUUUCCUUUUUUUGCUUUUAUUGUUCUCCUGUCUUUCUUUAUUCCUUUUUACUAGUUUCCCCUUUUUUUCCCUUUCUUUUCCUUAUCUUGUUUUCUUAUUUUUCUUUUGUUUUCACUCUCUUUUUCUUUUUUCAUUUCUGUUUCUUUCUUAUUUUUUCUCAAUGUCCAAAAAAUUUGUGAAAAAGCAGAAUUCACAACGGCCCAAAUUUGGACUUGCAGGGCAGCCAAAGGAACUGCAGUGGGGAUAUGAUGAUGUUCUGUUAUAA